UUCUCUCAUAAAUACCACUUAUGAAGAAGAGGUUUUUAGAAACCUCUCUCUCUCUCUCUCUCUCUCUCUCUCUCUCUCUAACCCUAAUCUAACACACAUGGCACCUCCUCUCAAGCUACUCACUUUCUUGCUCCUCUUCCUCUUCAUCUUUCCAAAAGGGAACACUGGUCAACCUUGUGAUCUCUCAAGCAUAGAGAUCACAACAACCAACACGGGGUCGAAGGUCGGAUACGAUCCCGUGUUCGAGGUCGAGGUGAAGAACUCGUGCCGCUGUGGGACGAAGAGCGUGUUCCUCCGGUCGGAAGGGUUCGCGAGCUCCAUGCCCGUCGAUCGGAAAUUGUUUCGUCGCGAGGGGAUCGGAUACCUCCUCAACAACGGCGAUCGGAUCGCAAGCUCGGCCUCGGUUAAGUUCCACUACUCAUGGGAUAGGGCAUUUAAGAUGUCCCCUGCGAGCUUACAAGUUGAACAUUGCUCAUGAGAACAAUAUAUAUAAUAAUAUUUAUCAUGCAUGCAUGCAUGGCCAUGCUACAAUAUAUUACAAGUUCACGCAUAUAUAUAUAUGUAUGUGUGUGUGUGUGUGUGUGUGUAGCAUUAGCUAGUUAUUGUAGUAUGAGGUUUUGGGUGCAUGUUGUUUAGAGGUAUUGAUGUUGUUUUUGCUUGUUAGCUGUAAUGUGCAACACAUAUGCAGUUUUGGUUAUGUUA